UAUGGUAGCUUCAGAAUAUUCACAAAAUUCAUGUACAAAUGGUUAUAUUUACAAAACUAUGUUCAAGAUUUUCUAAAUUUCUAACUGGUGCAUCAGUUGGUGCUGGAUUAGCAUUAAUUACAUAUGGGUUAUAUAACAAGGAUAAAUUUGUAGCAUAUGCUCAGUGGAAUAUUGAACAAUCAUGUACCAUUAGAUGGGAUGAUAAUUGGGACAAAAGCCCUUCAAAUAUGAUAAAGCCGCCAAAAAAUGAAAAGGAAAAAGAGAUAAGAGAAGAAAAGAUUUUGAGAUCCAUGCCAUCCUCUUCUCGUUAUUUAUUUCUUAUACGACAUGGUCAAUAUAAUUUAGAAGGUUCAUCUGAUUUUGAACGGGAACUAACUUCUUUAGGCCAAAAUCAAGCCCAAAUAACCGGUGAAAGACUGAGGGAAUUCAAUCACCCUUUCGCUCGAAUCUUUCAUUCUUCCAUGACGCGAGCCAAACAAACAGCCGAAUUCAUCCACAAAAAUUUCCCUGAUUUGCCUCUUGUAAGUUGCGAUUUGUUACGAGAAGGCGCCCCCGUGCCACCCGAACCCGCCAUAAAGCACUGGAAACCGGAAGCUUCAGAGUUUUUCCAGCAAGGCAUUAGAAUCGAAGCCGCUUUUCGAAAAUACUUUCAUAGGGCUCACCCGGAACAGACGCAGGAUAGCUACGAAAUCAUCGUUUGCCACGCCAACGUUAUACGCUACUUUGUAUGCAGGGCCUUACAACUCCCGGCUCAAGCCUGGCUAAGGAUGAGCCUGAAUAACGGAAGCAUAACCAUGAUAACGAUUCGACCCGAUGGUAGAGUUUUAUUAAGAGCCCUAGGCGACUCUGGCCAUAUACCCGCUACCAAAGUCACUAACACUUGAUGACUGAACGGAAAACUUAAUUAAACUAGCUCAAAUUAUAAAUAUUUAUAUAUUAUUUUAGAGAUAAAACUUUAAAAAAAUUGAUGGGGUGUUAAUUUUAAGUAAAUUAAUUUGGCACCACAUAAUUAAAUAAUCGUUUUUUCUCUCUUUCUGUGAAACAAACAAUAUAAUAAUCUUAGAUAUGAUAUAUAUAUAUAUAUCAUAUCGGUGAUAAAUCCUUUAUAAUUUUUUAUUUUUCGAAUUACAUUAUCACAUCCCAUCUUUUUCAAUCCUUAUGAAAAAAAAUUU